GUCAAACAAACAUUGCGCAUGCUCAGUUGGCCUUUUUUGGUUAGUAACUGAAAUUGUCAGAUCAGCGGAGCGUACAUUCACCUUAAAUCCUCAAAAUACUGCAGCUUAAUUUCUUCUUAUAGUCAGCACUAGAGGCUUCACUCCAGCUCCGGGUCUUAUCCAGUUCGGAUUGUGACUUUCGUCGUCUGUGGCCAAAAGAAACAGCAAAGAAUGACGAGCAGUUUAAAGCGGAAAGAAGAAAGUCAUCUGCUGAAUGGGGGUGUAAAACAGUCCACAUGGAGCAAAGCCUUCAACAGUAAUGCUGUUUGGGAAGAGAAGGACGAGUUUUUAGAUGUGAUCUACUGGCUUCGGCAAAUUAUCGCAGUAAUCCUUGGUGUGAUAUGGGGUGUGGCACCAUUGAAAGGGUUUCUGGGAAUAGCCAUAUUCUGCAUCAUCAAUGCUGGGGUCCUGUACUUAUACUUCAGCAGCUUUCAGCAGAUUGAUGAGGAAGAGUACGGUGGCACGUGGGAACUCACCAAAGAAGGCUUCAUGACAUCUUUUGCUCUGUUUCUGGUGGUGUGGGUAAUCUUUUACACAGCUCUACAUUAUGACUGAGUGGAAUCCCUGGGACACUAAAUAAGAACAUUUCUGUUGAAGUAACUUGUCAAGAUAGAGGAACUCCAUGGCCUGAGGGGUGUCAACACUCCGACAACACAGUAUGACUUUGCAGCGUGCAGUGUAUCAUGGGAAUCUUAGUUUGAUUAACAAGAUCCUGCAACAUCUCUGUGAUGAACAUGUUGAAAUACUCUCAAAUGUGGCAGUUCCUUUUUAAGGCACUCUGCAUUACACUUCCCAUAAAUGUUGUAUAUCCUUCCUCACUUCAUUGUCUUCAUCUCUGUAAAAAUCAAACACAAACACUAACUAUUGAAGAAACUUAAGAAAUCAGCUGGGAUUUGUUGCAGCUGCAGAGUUGUAAACCAGAGGAAGGAUGUUUCAUAUUUGUUGGCUUCUUCUUUUUUAGAGAGGUGACAUGAACGCAGAUUUUAGACAACCGGUUUAUGAAUUCAUCCCAGUUUACUGACAUUAGAUGACUGUUUAUGAAAUAAAAAUGGGCAAUAAAAAGUUAAGUGUUGUCAUACAGUCACCAGAGUUAGAUCAGUCUAACUAGUGUUGCAAUGCUUCUAUUUGAUUUGGAGACAAAGUGACAUAGAAUUACUAAAAUAUUAACUCUGGCAAAUUUUUAAUGAUUGGUCUGAAAAUGUCUCUUUGGCAUUGAUUAAGAUAAUCUUGGUUUAGAAAAAUAGGUUAUGGCAGUAAAGCACAUGAUGAACUAAUAUUAAUGUCACCAGCUACAUAACGUGUCUGUCAUUAAUUGGGAAGUCGUCUUUUUUUUUGGCUCAUUGGAUAUUAAACAGUGUUUUUCAAUAAAAUCUGUAAACUGUUAUUUCUCCUAACGGGUCCGAAGUCCAACAGAUGUGAAAAAAAAACAGCUGGAAUCUCCCUUGUGCUAACUUGGACAUCAAAAACAAAGUACUGGUUGUAAGAUACACAUAUCAGCUGAUAUCCAAUCCCAAUGCAAUUGUAGUUUCAACAGGCUGGUACUUCAGUCAGAAACUCAUAACCAUGUAAGUUAUGUCAAUCCAAAUAGUUUCCUCGGAGGGAAGAGGGGAGAAACAUGCAUGCUAUUAUCAGAUGCAAAUGUCCACAGAUUCAAGCUGAAACCAAUCUGUGCACUGCCAUGACUUGCUGUUGGUACAUUUAGAUGUCAUUAACUGAUGGCGUUAGGAGGGUAGAAUUAAUUUAAAUUAAUUAUUUGUUUCUCACAUGUAGCUUGCAGAUCAAAGUCUUACCUUUUUUUUGUUUUUGGAAUUAAUUUAAACGUGUCUGUAAAUUCUGUACAAUGUCCCUUUGUCAAAUCCACCUUGUAUUACACACAGAUUUAUUUGUACUUAUGUUAUAUCUUGUUUGAUGUAACAUAUUUCUCAGUAUUUUAUAGUGAAGAACUUUUAAAGCCAGUUCUCGCAAAGUUCUUGUAAUGAUACUGUUAUAUUAGAUACGCAGCUGGUGUUUGAAAGGAUUGUAUUUUCUGAUCAAAUCUUUUGGGAAUCAUUAAACAUGGGCUUUAUUUGGCCUCCAUUUUCAAAGA